AUGUGGCUUGGAAUUUCACAUAUUUCUGAAAACGUCGAUAAUUCGCCUAGUAGUUACCAUUUUUCUUUUUUCACUACGUGGCAGACUUUUCUGAUUAACUGGAAGUUGUAUGACACCAGACAUCUUUUCGAAAAUUUGGAUCAAUUCAUCAUCGCUAUACUCUUUCCCAUAUUCUAUUAUUUUCUGGUUGUAUACCGUCACCCAAUCAUUUUCGUGUCCUAA